ACGGACUGUCGCUGUCUGUUAUGGCUCCUCCUGCUCCAGAGAAACGGGGCCAGACGUAACACCAGUGCGGGCGAACGGGGAGCAGCACAGCGAUACGGUCCUCUCGAGCCGCGGUGAAAGAUGGCAGCUCGUCAAAUGCUUAACAAAAAGAAAUAGACGGCGUGUUCGGCGUCGCCUCUUCUGCCGUGAAAGCUUCGACAUUUUCUCAAGAUUACCAACACCCCAAAUGAACUCCGUCAGAGCAAGUAACGUUAGCAGAAGACCUAGGCGAGUAUCAAGGCCGCGCCCGGUGCAGCCGGAUAGGAACCACCAGGAAAGAGAUGAGGACAUUCCUGCAGAAAUGGUUGCAGAAGAAUCCGGUCCAGGAGCUCAAAAUAGUCCCUACCAGCUUAGAAGAAAGUCUCUACCCAAGAGAACGGUGUGUCCCACAAAGACAAACAUGGAGGGUGCCUCCACUUCAACAACAGAAAACUUUGGACACCGACCUAAGCGUCCCAGAGUUUCAGGAAAGUGUCCAGAUUUACCAGCUGCUCCAGCAGAACAGUAUUUGCAGGAGAAGCUUCCAGAUGAGGUGGUGCUGAAGAUCUUCUCGUACCUGUUGGAGCAGGACUUGUGCCGUGCAGCUUGUGUGUGCAAGCGCUUUAGUGAGCUGGCCAACGACCCCAUCCUCUGGAAGCGAUUGUACAUGGAGGUUUUCGAAUACACUCGACCUAUGAUGCACCCGGAGGCAGGAAAGUUUUACCAGAUAAAUCCAGAAGAGUAUGAACAGCCAAACCCGUGGAAGGAGAGUUUUCAGCAGCUGUAUAAAGGCGCCCACGUUAAGCCAGGCUUUGCGGAACACUUCUACAGUAAUCCUGCCAGAUACAAAGGAAGAGAUAACAUGUUUUAUUAUGACACCAUAGAAGACGCUCUGGGAGGCGGUCAGGAGCCUCACUUCGACGGCUUGAUAUUUGUCCACUCUGGUAUUUACACGGAUGAGUGGAUCUAUAUUGAAUCGCCGAUCACAAUGAUUGGAGCUGCUCCUGGAAAGGUUGCAGAGAAAGUCAUCAUAGAGAACACCAGAGACUCCACUUUUGUUUUCAUGGAGGGCUCAGAGGAUGCUUACGUUGGAUUUAUGACUAUCAGGUUCAACCCUGACGAUAAAUCCGCCCAGCACCACAAUGCGCACCACUGCUUGGAGAUUACAGUGAACUGCAGCCCCAUCAUCGACCACUGCAUCAUCCGUAGCACAUGCACAGUUGGGUCCGCCGUGUGUGUCAGUGGUCAGGGGGCUUGUCCCACAAUAAAGCACUGCAACAUCAGUGACUGUGAAAAUGUUGGCCUUUACAUCACUGAUCAUGCACAGGGCAUUUACGAGGACAAUGAGAUUUCAAACAACGCUCUGGCGGGGAUUUGGGUGAAGAACCACGGCAACCCAAUCAUCAGAAGGAAUCACAUCCAUCAUGGCAGAGACGUCGGCGUCUUCACGUUUGAUCACGGCAUGGGUUACUUUGAGAGCUGCAACAUCCAUAGGAACCGGAUUGCUGGCUUCGAAGUGAAGGCGUACGCCAACCCCACAGUGGUUCGUUGUGAAAUCCACCACGGUCAGACUGGUGGCAUCUAUGUGCAUGAAAAGGGCCGCGGACAGUUCAUCGAAAACAAGAUCUAUGCAAAUAACUUUGCAGGCGUGUGGAUAACCUCAAACAGCGACCCCACUAUAAGGGGUAACGCCAUCUUUAAUGGCAACCAAGGUGGCGUUUACAUUUUUGGUGAUGGCCGAGGCCUCAUUGAAGGCAACGACAUCUAUGGCAACGCCCUGGCAGGAAUCCAGAUCAGGACGAACAGCUGUCCUAUUGUGCGACAUAACAAGAUCCAUGAUGGUCAACAUGGUGGCAUAUAUGUGCAUGAAAAAGGACAGGGAGUCAUAGAGGAGAACGAGGUGUACAGUAACACUCUGGCGGGAGUGUGGGUGACGACAGGCAGUAUGCCAGUACUGAGGAGGAACAGGAUACACAGCGGGAAGCAGGUUGGGGUUUACUUCUACGACAAUGGCCAUGGUGUGCUGGAGGACAAUGACAUCUACAAUCACAUGUACUCUGGGGUUCAAAUAAGGACUGGCAGCAAUCCCAAAAUCAGACGGAACAAGAUCUGGGGGGGCCAAAAUGGAGGCAUUUUGGUUUACAACUCAGGCUUGGGAUUCAUUGAGGACAAUGAGAUCUUUGACAAUGCAAUGGCGGGAGUGUGGAUCAAAACAGACAGCAACCCCACGCUGCGGAGGAAUAAGAUCCAUGACGGGAGAGACGGAGGGAUCUGUAUAUUCAACGGAGGACGAGGUUUGCUAGAAGAGAAUGACAUCUUCAGAAAUGCCCAAGCAGGUGUUCUCAUUAGCACCAACAGUCACCCCACACUGAGGAAAAACAGGAUAUUUGACGGCUUCGCUGCAGGUAUUGAGAUAACCAACCACGCUACAGCGACCUUAGAAGGCAAUCAGAUCUUCAACAAUCGUUUUGGGGGCUUGUUCCUGGCAUCUGGUGUCAAUGUUACAAUGAAAGAUAAUAAAAUACAGAACAAUCAAGAUGCCAUUGAAAAGGCUGUGAGCAGAGGUCAGUGCCUGUACAAGAUUUCAAGUUACACCAGCUACCCAAUGCACGAUUUUUACAGGUGUCACACCUGCAACACAACAGACCGCAAUGCCAUUUGUGUGAACUGUAUUAAGAAGUGUCACCAAGGACACGACGUGGAGUUCAUCAGACAUGAUAGAUUUUUCUGCGACUGCGGCGCGGGGACGCUGUCGAAUCCAUGCACGUUAGCUGGGGAGCCGACUCAUGACACAGACACGUUGUACGACUCGGCUCCUCCUAUAGAGUCCAACACGCUGCAGCACAACUGAGCUCCAGAUCUGAGGACCCUUUGUGCCUCGGCUCGAUUGAACACACAGACACUUUUAGUUGUGCAGCAGAAGGGAAGCCCGAACUAAGUAACAGAUUCACUUUGACAGAGCAAAUACAGCUUACAAAAAAAAACACUUGGGACAUGAAAAUGCUUAAAGAUGUUAAGAGAAAACAAAAAAAAGUCUUGAUGAUGGAUGCCUUGCUUUUUGUUAAAAAAAAAAAAAAAAAGACACCAGUGGAUCAGAGGAGAGCAGCUGACUCAGGGUUUGUGGGUUGAACUGGUGAGACGGACAAAAGCCACCUUCGCUCAUCUUCCUUAAAAAAGCGCAAGAACAAGAUACUUCGGUGAUGUACAGAUCCAGAGAGUUCUCGUCAGAGGAAAAGGUCCCACUUCCGAUGCUUCCACCACUUUGGGCGACCGAUGUUCUUGUUUGUAACGUACGGGGUAAAAAAAAAAAAAACUAAACAAAAAAAACCCUGCAGCACUUCAGCUU